AUGGCGACUAACACCCUCUAUUCAAGCCCUCCAGCGGCGAGAGCAUUUCCGACACCUUCUACAACACCCCAGAGACCACCUUCAAUACAUGUCCGGGCAGAUUCCUCCCCUGGUCUAUCGUCUUCGUCCAACUCCCUCCCUAUACUGAAUUUCUCGCCCGAUGGGCGCAGUGAGUAUGAUGACACUGCGGAGGAGGACAAUCUAUCACCGUUAGACCCGCGACGCUUUACUCCCACACUCCAUGCCUCCCUCGUCUCCGAAAUUCUCUCUCUGCGGCGGGACGUAGAGAGUAAGUCGAAGGCCAUUGAUAUUCUCGAGCGGAGUCUAGACGAGUCGCGAACGGAGAACGAAGACCUCAGUGAGCGUCUAUCCAAGAGUACUAAAGAGACCCGGUCAUUCAAGCAUCAGUUGCAACUGCUGGAAGGUGGCGCCUCCUCGGCUCUCACCGAGCUAGCAAGGGAGCGUGACGAAGCGUUGGAAAACAUCGCAGAUGUCCGCAAGAAGCUAGAACAAGCGCAAAAGAAGGCGCGGAGUCGGGAGGAGGAUGUAGAGAGAACAGUACAACUUUGGGACCGCGACAAGGACGCCUGGGAGGGCGAGCGCAGGAGCCUAGAACGGAAGGUCCACGUGGUGGAAGGGCGUCUGAAAGUUGUCUUGAAGGAGGUAGUGGCUGCGCAAGCAGUCGGCUCGUUCCAACCACUCCAGGAUGUUGAUGGCAUGGAGAUUGAGCUGACCAGAAAAUCAGCCGCAGGGAAGGAUAGUGACUCUGCGAGUGUUGACUCAAGCAGUCAAGGCCAUCGCCGGACUAGUGUCACAAGUGUGAACGCUGACAGCGGUGAUGAGGCCGACUAUCACAAUGUGCGAUACUCUAUGGCGAGUGUAGCCAACGUCCCCGGUUUGAAGAGCGAAGGCCUGAGUCUAGCACAAGAGCUGGCAUUCGACGAGGAAGACGAGUUUGAGUCAUUCGAUACUGAUUUUGUGCCCGAGUCACCCGAGGCACUCCCAGAGGAGCGUCCGGCUUCGGUUCAUUCGCAACUUUCUCGUACAAUGAGCAUGGGCGCAAAGGCGAGAAAGAUCCUUGGGCUUUCCCUGGGAAGUGCUGACGGCUAUGGAUUCAAGACCGAGGGGAACUCGGAGCCUGGGAGCCCUUUGAAGAUAUCCUCGACCACCUUUGUGUACCGUGACACGGGAAUCCAGUAUUCGCCUCCUCCUUCACCCUUAUCACCAUCGAAGUCUGAGCCUCCAUCCUGCGACCAGGCCGCAGAGUGCCCUAGUAGCGAAGAGGAAACUAGUUUCUACCAACGCAAAGACAGCAGCACGUCAACACUUACGCCAACACUGACGAUAGACAUGGUAUCGGCGUCUUGCCAAACCAUUGAGGAUCUUCCCACUCCCCCUUGGACCCCUAAGAUCGAUGAGAUACCACAGCCGGCCCCAGAAGAAACGGCGAUGGUUUCAGUGUCUGUACAGACUAUACAAGCCCCAGUCGCAGAAACGGAUGACAAGAGAGUCAAUGCCUCGCCAACCGACAUGGAGUCGUCCGAACUUGAGAUUCCGAUGAUUGCGAUACACCCGCCCUGUUCGGAACCUCCUUCGCCUCGAGGGAGCGUGGUUCUCCCACCGCAAACCAAGAGCGUUUCCUGCCAGGUCAACUUCAGCCCGAGCAUUGACAGCCGAACGGUUGGCAUACAAACGGAUGAGAUUCGGAUUGACCAAAGGCCUGUCAAGCUACCGGCCAGCCUACUCCCUUCAGCGAUACCAGAUCUUCCACUCCGCGAGAGCACUCAGGAUGAUCCCAUUCAGCCUUAUCGUAUCCCUCCCCCAAGAUCGAGAAAAAGGGAGAAUAGGGCCUCGUCACAUACCAAGCCACCUGAGCCGGUGCAGGCCUACCCGGGUAACAAUGACAACGGGCCGCUGUCUGAGGAAUCCAAAUCCGAACUCAGGCGGCCUCUACGAUCGAGCAGCCUCUUUGCUGGAUUUGAUCAGGCGAGUGAUGAAGAGACCUCCGGGCAAACCAAGGACAUCUUCACCGAUGACGAGCUUCUUAAUCGGCCUUUUGCGUCGUACACACUGAAAAGAGGCAAGCUAGUUUCCACACACGAUGCUACCCUUCCGGAAAUUGAUGAGCAUCUGCGAGAGUCAGAAGUCCACUCAUCCGAAACACCAACCGACCAAGGCCCCAAAGAGGUGGUUGGGACUUCUUCGUGGACUCAGCGGCUGGGCUUUGGGGCCCCCGGGGCACGACAGCAGGACAUGUGUAAAUCCGCUAUGAUCUCCAACGGGGCAGCGGCGCAUCAGAACAUGCGCACCCGGAGCCCCAGCGAGCCUAGUAUGGAGAGUGGAGGCGGUGCAUCUGGAAUUGCACCUCCAAUCCCUGUGCCGAUGCGGUUCAGUUCAAGAAAGUUCCCCAGUGGGAAUGAUGGUCGGCAGAGUCCAACGCCAUCCAAUCCUCGUAACUUCUCUGAUCGCGCCCGACCACCGAUUAUUCGACGCCCGACUUUGCGGCGCGUCCGCUCCGCAGCUGCCAUGUCGCACAUAGAGCAGCAUGACCGCCCCGACAGCCGCUCAUCACCCACCAUGUCCUCCUCAUCCUGUGGGCCGGACAGUCCCCAGCAUCCUCCACUUCCAUUUGACAAGAUCACUGCGCCCUCCGGGAAACGGGCUGUUGAAAGGCGAACAUCUGCUCACCCCUUUGCGCAUGGACGACAUGAUUCGACGGCCACAACAGUCCAACCCACCAGUGUUGUCGACGCCAUCGCGCAAACAAUGGUCGGAGAGUGGAUGUACAAGUACAUCCGGAGACGGAGGUCGUUUGGUGGUGUCGGCGAGUCGAAGGACAGCUGGGAGGGCCGGAAUGCAGACGAGGUGUCUGCCAAUAUCGCCAACAGCGGUGCGAGACACAAGCGAUGGGUCUGGUUGGCCCCGUACGAGCGAGCCGUCAUGUGGAGCAGCAAACAACCGACCAGCGGGCCAGCGCUGCUUGGUAAGAGCGGUCGAAAGUUGAUUAUCCAGUCCGUUCUCGAUGUCAAAGAUGACAACCCGCUUCCCAAAGGCUUCAACCCACAAAAUCAGUUCAAUCGGUCGAUAUUGAUUUUGACACCGCAGCGCGCCCUCAAAUUCACGGCCUCCAGCAUUGAGCGGCAUUAUGUCUGGCUGACUGCAUUGUCGUUCCUGAGCCACUCAUCCAUGGGUCUCCAUGACUUGGAUACCCUUCCUCCUGUCCCUCAGGAGGAAUACACAAACCCGGCACCCACGGCCACCUUGCGCCGUAAUCCAAUCCGAGACUCGAUUCGAAUCGCCAAGGGUCGCCCGCGCCCACGACCCAAGGGCAAACGAUCCCUUCUCGGCCAACCGGAGCCCGUUCCUGAACUGCCCUCUGGACCCCCGACGGUGCCGCGGUUCUCGAACCACGCCCGUAAGCGCAGUAACACUGCUCCCCGGGUACCUAUCAUCCGGAGUUUCUCCAGCCAGGGUACGAUGCCCUCGGUGGCCUCGACACGCGGCUCCUCGGACACGUAUGGCCCGGCCCUGUAUGGCCAAGGGCUCACCAGCAGCGUGGGAAGCGUUAGUCGCCGCACCUCCGAGGCCAGUGUGGGGACGAGCAAUUUUUUCGACGCGAUCGGCACUGUUCGCAUGGAGGCAUUCAUUGACCAAACCAACGGAUACAAGGGUACACGCUCUGAGCGACACAGCCGGAAGGCGUCGAGCGCAUGGAGUUCGAAUCAAGAGCUGGACUCCCCGUACGAAGAGGGCGGGUAUUUUCACCGUGAUGAUCCGUUCGGUGAAUUUUGA